ACCCUUUAGAUCGUUUUUUAUAUUGAAAUUGGUUCUGGUGAAAAUGUGAUUUCCCUGCCUUAAGUCAGUCAACAGUAAAAUAAAAAAGAUAAAAUUUGUGAUAAACUGUUCAGUUUAACAGAAGUAAUUAUGGAGUUCAAAGUGGUAGUAAUAAGUAGUGUUUUAGCUUUAAGUUUUCUAUUCACAAUCACGGGAACCAAUGCCAAAAGUGAUCAUAGUGGACCUCAAUCGGAUUUUUGUCCAAGAAUGUGCACCUGUGAUAUGGUCGACAGUUUGAAGCGAGCUGAUUGCAGCCAUGAGAACCUAAUCAACGCAUACACCGACGUGCCAACUAGUGUGGAAAUAUUGGAUUUAAGCAUUAACAAGAUAUCGUCGAUCGGCAACGAUGACUUCAAGGAAUAUACGCAUUUGGUAAAAUUGUUCCUCUCGGAGAAUUCUAUCCAAACCAUUUCGCUGUACGCGUUUUCCAGUUUGAGAGAAUUGCACAUCCUGGAUCUGUCUCAUAAUAGACUGGAACAGCUAAAUGAGGAUCUGUUCGAGAGCAACGAGCUUCUCAUAGAGCUGAAUUUAUCGAAUAACAACUUCAUGACAAUGCAGAAUCAGCCAUUUCUCAACAGUCCUUCUAUUAUGAACCUCGAUCUAAGUGCGUGCAAGAUUCCACAACUGUACGACAGCUUGUUCGGGUACAUGCCGAAGCUUACCACGCUGGAUCUUUCCCAAAAUCUUAUGAUCACACUACCGAAGGAACCAUUCGUUCCUUUGAAACGGCUCCGUAUCAUCGAACUUUACGAAAACCAAUGGCAGUGCGAGAGCUCUUCGGUAAGGGCCACGAUAAAUUGGAUGAAGAAGCGGAUUGAUUCGAUACAAAUUGAAAAUUGCUUUCUCAACCCAUACAAAACUAAGGCAAAAUUCGAGAAAAUGGAACUCGACCCUCGCUUUGACAACCAUGAUCGUGAGGAAGUAUCAAUCGACCAAGUCUGGGGACCGACAACCACGGAGUCCUACCUUUCUCUGCUGAAGGAAAAGUCCUGCGCUUACAACGCCGAACAGGAUGCGGAAAGUCACAAAACGUGCGAAAAUUUCAUCGAGUGCCAAAAACGCUUCAGUGAACUGUACUAUACGUACGUAAGUGCUACCCAACAGAAGGCGGAAAUCAGGUCGAACAACAGCCGCCUUAUAGCCACCGUUAUGUUGGUGGGAGUUUUUAUUGGAGUUCUAUUCGGAUCGUUCACGACCUAUUCCGUCGUUUAUCUGGUAGGGAAGUGCCGGAGGUCGAGUUUGGAACCGCAGCCCAAAUCUACUCGAGAACUGCGAAGGGAAUUCCGAGAACGGAACCAUUUCGAACAUACACGCCUGAACGAGUCUCCCACGCCACAACGAGCCAAUCGACAGACCGUCAGCAGUAUAUCAUCCCAGGAUCAGUCUCAAAUCUACUGUAAUCACGAAAACACCCGCCAGUUCUUGGUGAACCUCUUCUCCAAACGACAACCCCGUUACGUGCGGAGCAAUUCACAGAUUUCCAACCUGCAUAAUCGCUACAUGCCACCAACCCCGAUUCGAGACCGUGUGCAUAUGCCUGCCCCGCGGAGUCCGGCCGCUCACUCGAGUAACAGUUUCAUUUGGCAACAGACACCGGUUACACAACCGACCAACUCGAAUGAUCACGAACAGGAACCCAUACUCAGAGCUAAUGAUGAAAGUCGCCAAUCUUCAGAACAGUCCACCUGGAAUUACUACGGAAUCAGCGAGCCAAGGCAGUCGCCAACGGUAUCCGUCUACGAAGCAAUAGUGCCACAACUAGAUUCGGCGGAUCCAAUCAGCACAGCUGCCCGUGAAACACCACCCCCACCGUACGUAGAUUGUACCGUGCAGUCUAACGACCGAAGUGAUAUUCUUUAAUCCAUUAUGCAUAACACUCAUCAAAAUUCGUUCAAGUAAUAUUUAUUCAAAUAUUCUUCAUGCAAUUAUAAAAAGCUACAAAUUA